UUUUUUUUUCAAAUUUUAUAACAGCGAAACAGAUCAACUGUACAAAAUAUGUGCUGUUCUUGGGAACCCAGAUAGCAUUAUUUGGCCAGAAGGGAUGGAACUUUCCUGCUUGAUGAACUUUCGGUUCUUUCAGAUUCCACCAGCCAAUCUAUCAGAAAUUAUUCCUAAUGCUAGCCUGGAAGCUAUUGACCUGAUCCAGCAACUCUGUUCCUGGGACCCCCAAAGGAGGCCAACAGCGGAGCAGUCACUACAACAUCCCUUUUUCCAUGUUGGAGCAUGGGUUCCAUAUCCUCUCAAGGAUCCUUUUCACCCAACAACUAGUCAAACUGGUAAGGUUUUGAUCACCAUCGGUAUUCCUGGAUUAUUUCUUUUAACCUAUAUAACAGCCACGGGACGCGCCACCUGA